GAAGAUGGUUUGACUAGAGUCCUAUGAUUAAGUGUUUUGUUUCUCCAUUUCAGCCACUCUUGAAGCAAAAAGUAGUAAAAACAAGGAAGGAGCAAACAGUUACAUUUUCCAACAAAUAUCCAUCCAUUCCCUUGUACUCUAGGAAAUUGAAACACAAAUAUUACAAGCAUCUCUAAAUUAAGCAGCUGCAGCAAGUCUUGAAACAUUGAUUUUAUCAUAUCCUAUCCUUCCUACCUCCCUUUUCUGAUUCAUUCAUUUCCUCAUCUGCUUUAUUUGCAGAUCUGAAAACAUACCCAACUGAAUACUUGUCAAGAAGAUCCACCUCAAUGUCCUCAUCUGUUUCAACAACGAGUGUUCAUGUAACUGCCUUGGAUGGUCUAGUUAAUGUGAACUCACUUUUCACCAUUGCAGUCUUUGUGGGUCUCUCUUUAACAACACCUGGACAGAAAAGUCUGGAAGAUCGCACAGCUUGUGAUGCUGGGAUUGAUAUAGUUAAGAAGUUGUUGGUUUUUGAGGUCGUUUCAUUCAGCUUCUUUCUCUUUUCCUCACUUGUUGCACAGGGUCUCAAAUUGGCAAUUAAUUUGUUGAAUAGCAAAGAUGUUGAUGAGGCUUUUAGGGCUCACAUCAAUUUGAAGGUGCUCAGGCUUGGAAUGAUGGCAUCUGCUAUUGGAUCCGUAAUGGGCUGUUUAUUCUUGAUGCUUUCAAUUGUCAAUGUCAUUCAGAUUCGACUCGGGGUCUUAUCUUGUGGAAGUAAAUCUGCUAUUCAUGCUGUCUCCACCUUGCUCGUUUUGGUCACGUCUGCCCUUGUUGUUUAUAUUUCUACCGCUAUAUAUGCAUUUCUGCACUAAAGUCAAUUUUUGGAUUUUGUUCAAUCUAUAAAAACUAUGUCAUGCUUUGAUUAUAGAGAUCAUUUAGGUCAUUACUGUUUGAAUUCAAUUCAAUUCCAUUAUGCCACCUAGUCCAUUUCCUUCAUACUCAACCAUAUGUAUCAUUGUGACCGUAGAUUCAUUUGUCACCAGCUAUGUGUAGGAUAAAUCUUACUUUUCAGCUUAGUCAUUUCUACAACCCCUCAUUUGUAAAGCAUUUUUCUAUGUCUAAGCAAAUGUAUAAAUGGGCAUUUGCACAACACUUUUUAAUGUUUAAUAUAUGCUAUUUAUGCUCAAGAUACUAA